CUCAGCAGCAGGUGUUCAGAGGAUUGCGCAAGUCUUUAUUGCUCUGGACAAGGCGUGAGUGCAGGAGAACUUGGUAUGCUCUCAUACAAGUCCCUGACAGGCUGAGAUUUUCUUCAGGUGGGAACAGUCAAACACCUUUGCGGGGAAAAGGUUGAUCCAGGUCUGCCCUGCACCUAACAGCAACUGUCAAGUUGAUGCCAAUCAACUAUGUCCCCCGGAGAAGGUCUUGAGACUGUAGGACCUCUUCAACUCAGUUUGCACUAGAAGAUUCAACUCAACACAGUUUUCCCCCCAAGUUAACGUGUCCUUUCUGGUUAUGUUGAACUGAUUGAUUAUAUUUGGCAGUGCAGUUAUUUGGAGCAAAUACAACAUGAGUGUACAAGAAUAUUCGAUUAAGAGCAAUGGUGUUGCAGUGAUGGAUGGUAAUACUGAGAGCAAACCUACUCAAGAAACUCUGUCUGACUCCACAAACUUAAGGACCCACUCCACUCUCAUCCCCAACGGAGACGCCACCAGAGCGGAGCUCAGUGCAGCCUCUGCUUCAGAGACCCAGGAGACUCCUCCUACCAGCGAAACUGAGGCACCGACUAAAUCUGCCAGAUCUCCUGAGCUGGAGGGAGCUACUGAAGCACUUCCUUCAGAAGAGCCCAAGGCAGUUGCCCUGUCCACGGCGAAUGUGGUGACAACUCUCACCCCAGCUGACCAGCUAUGGAGCACCAUCAGAGACAAGGGAGUCAUGCUGAGGAUGGAGGGCUCAGGCCCGGCAUCAGACACUCCCAUCACCAUCCAUCAGGCGUUCCUGGGGACGCUGGAAAAAUAUGGAGAUCAUCCAGCCUUGGCUUCCAAAAAAGACGGCAUGUGGGUGACCCUGACAUGGAGGCAAUACUACGAGCAGUGCCGGGCAGCUGCUAAGAGUUUCCUCAAGUUGGGGCUGGAGCGUUACCAUGGCGUGGGGAUUCUGGGAUUCAACUCCCCCGAGUGGUUCAUCUCGGACGUCGGCUGCAUCUUUGCCGGGGGUCUGGCAACCGGAAUUUACACCACCAACUCGCCCGAAGCUUGUCAAUAUGUGGCUGCCAACUGUGAAGCCAACAUCCUGGUUGUGGAGAACCAGAAACAGCUCGACAAAAUUCUGCAGGUUAAAGAUCAUCUUCCUCAUCUGAAAGCCAUUGUUCAAUAUAAAGGCGAGCUGCAACAGAAAACACCAUUCCUGUAUACAUGGGAAGAGUUCAUGAAGCUGGGAGAGGAUGUGCCAGAGGAGCAGCUGAAUGCUGUGAUUGACAGUCUUCGGGCCAACGAGUGCUGUACUCUUAUCUAUACCUCUGGAACCACUGGCAAACCGAAAGGAGUCAUGUUGAGCCAUGACAAUCUGACAUGGACAAGCCGCACGGCAGUUAACAUGGUAGAUAUUUGCCCCGGGGAGGAGGUGGUGGUCAGUUACCUGCCCCUCAGCCACGUGGCAGCCCAGCUCUUUGACAUAUGGAUGUGUCUUAGUUAUGCCGUGACCACCUACUUUGCAGAGCCAGAUGCACUGAAGGGCUCAUUAGGAAACACACUGAAAGAGGCUCGUCCAACUUGUUUCCUUGGGGUUCCUCGUGUGUGGGAGAAGAUGCAGGAGAAGAUGAAAGCUGUCGGAGCGAAGGCAUCCCCACUGAGGAGGAGAGUGGCGGCCUGGGCCAAGUCCAUAGGCCUGCAGUACAACUACAGUGUCAUGAACGGGGAGAAUCUGGUGCCGUGGGGCUUCAUGCUGGCUAAUAAUCUGGUCUUUAAGAAGGUGCGUGCUGCGCUGGGCUUAGACCGCUGCAAGUACUGCUUCACAGGCGCUGCCCCCAUCACCAAAGAAACUUUGGAGUUCUUCAUGAGCCUGAACAUCCCUGUGUUAGAGCUGUACGGCAUGAGUGAAAGCUCCGGCCCACACAGCGUCUCCCAUAACAAUGAAUACCGCAUCACAAGCUGUGGAAAGGUGAUGCCAGGCUGCAUGACCAAGCUGGAGAACCCAGAUAAGGACGGGAGUGGAGAGAUAUGUUUCUGGGGUCGGCACGUCUUCAUGGGCUACCUGAACUCACCUGAAAAAACUGCAGAGGCUCUUGACGAGGACGGCUGGCUGCACUCUGGAGAUCUGGGAAGACAUGACCAGCAUGGCUUUCUGUACAUCACGGGAAGGAUCAAGGAGCUGAUCAUCACUGCAGGUGGAGAGAACAUCCCUCCUGUGCCCAUUGAGGACGCAUUGAAGGCUGAGGUGCCCAUCAUCAGCAACACCAUGCUGAUUGGAGACAAGCUCAAGUUCCUCUCCAUGCUGCUCACUCUUAAAUGUGUCAUAGACGACAAUGGCGAGCCCACAGACAAGCUGAGUCCCGAGGUUUUAGACUUCUGCCAGCAGCACGGCGUCACAGCAACCAAGGUGUCGGAGAUCAUAGCCAUUAAGGAGCCAGCUAUCUACAAAGCCAUUCAGGAGGGCUUGGAGCGGGUCAAUGCCAGAGCGACCUCCAACGCCCAGAAAAUCCAGAAGUGGGUGAUACUGGAGCGAGACUUCUCUAUCAGUGGAGGAGAGCUGGGACCCACCAUGAAACUGAGGCGGCCCAUUGUUGUGAAGAUGUACCAGGAGAAAAUAAACGAAAUGUAUGCAGUGGAAAAGGAAAACUAGACUGAGCUGCACAGAGAUGAGACAAUAGGGAAGAAACUUUGAAGCAUGUUUACGAACAUUGUGUUGUGCCCAGACGUCAUGCUGAGAAAUGUGUAAACCUCUUUUCACCUGAAUGUUAAAAGUGGAAGAGGUCUGUGAUUUAAGGGGAAACAAAUCUUGAUUCUGAUUGUUGUUGUAUUUAAUGGAAUAGAUGCUGUUAUGACGUCUCUUACAUUUAAGCCCUUGCCAAAUACAAACUAGUUCACACAAUGAUUAAGCCUAUCACUGCUGGGUAAAAUUUAUUACGUACUUCGUGUUUUGUUGGGGCUUGUUUUGCUUUUGUCUGCGCUGAAUGUCAGUGCCAAAUCCGUGCCACCAGCAAGAUCUCUUCUGCACAAAAGUGGUCCUCUCUGUCAAAGAAGGUUACAACAAAUGUGCCUUUUCAUAAUUAUUUGUGUGUUGUUGUCUGUUCUCAAAUAGUGACGCUUUCAGAAAGGCUGACAAAGCGUUAUUUGAUGUCUUUAUGAGAUGGUCAUGACCGGAAGCGCUAGCUACGUUAGUAUAAAAGGCGUUGACAGCUUCCCAAAGCACCUAACCCUAACCAUCACAGGGGUGUGUGCCUAGUCAGCGAUUGUAUGCAUGUCGACCGCCUAACCCUACAGCUGUGCCCUACAUCUGCCAUGCUAGCAGCUAGGGUUAGCCUCCUUUGUGUUGCUACAUUGUUAGUGUUGUCAAUUAAAAAUGUACUGUUGAAUAAGCUUUUUCAUAUCUAAAGUUUAUUCUUAUUACAUCAUAGUGAACACUUUCAUCUCCAAUGAUUAAAAAAAAAUUGUUAUCUCGAUAUGCGCAUGUGCAAAACGGAUCUUGCUGGCGGUACGGAUUUGGCACUUUACUGAACCAUAAAGCACUGCAGUCAGCCCAGGGGCGAGUUCAAUCUCAAAACGUUUCGCACUGGUUUGCAACGUUUUCAGAUUGAACGACAUGUUUCCUUGCAACGUUCCGCAACGGGCUUCGAGGUAUGUUUUCUUCUGUUUGGUGGGAGUGUCUCAGGUGUUGCUCAAUCAGCUGCGACAAGUUUGUGAACACUAAAAAAGCAGGAAAAUGCAGUGCGCUUGCGUACACAGCAGGGUGUUCAAGGCACCACCGUUUCUGUUGGAAAAAAACGUUUAGCGAGCGUUUAGCUGAACUCGCCCCUCGUGUCUGUGGCGACAAUCCCCGCGCAGGGGUACAGUAAUGAUGCGUUGUACGUCAACCAGCAAUGAUUGGUUUGCCAGGAGCAACCCAGAGCCAUGUAGAUAGCUCCACAAAUGGUGUAAAAAAAUGAUCCAUUGGAGAGAAGCUUUAUGAUUUGUUUUGUAUAGUUUGUACUAAUAAUAUGCUUUACAACGGUGUAUGAAGUAAUGCCAAUAAAUCCACUUGAAUUGAA